ACAGAACAGCAACAUUGCCAUUCACUACCUCAGUCAACAUCAAAUGCCUGUUCCAAUUGAAGCUGUUAUACCAUUUGCUGUCAUUGCAACCUUCUUCACCUUGACUGGUUCUGGUCUCAGUGCUGUCAAAUAUUACACCAACGACAAGAAGCCUGCAAGAUACGGCCUCGAUUACUGGGAAUCCCAAAUGAUGGAGCGCGAUAGACGUCUCACUGGAUCCAUCCGUGGACAAUCUGUAAAUCCCGUUGCACCACCUGAAUUCUCCAUCAACAGUGUUUGGAAUUUGGAGAAACCAAGAAACCAUUAGUGGUCGACGAUUUGUUCUAAUAAUGCAACUCAACCACGCACAUAGACUGAUGCAACCCCUAAACAAAUAUAUUCUUUCGUUUUUUUUUGCUUGAAAUUAUCCGGAGAUCCCUUUUGU